AUGCAUCAGCCUCGCAAAGGACUGCUAAUAAAGCCCGGCGAGGUCAGCAUCGGCCAAACCUUCCGGGACCCUGGAUACAUCCCAAUUCCGCUACGCAAGCCCUCUCUUCCCAUUUGUUUGACUCUGGAGCAACCGGCUCUCGUGAAGGCAAAGGAGGCGCCUGGCGAGGAUGCGCACGCCUACAUCUGCCCUAGUGCCAUUGUUAAAUGGGUAGGAAAACCAGACCUCAAUAUCAAGGAGGUGCACGCCCAAAGGGCCACCACCACCUCUGCUGCAACAGCAGUUGCAUUAGCGGUAGUUGCGAAAGACGGUCUUUAUAUGUUGCUCUGCCUAGCAGUCAGUCCCGUCAGAGACAAGCUUGUAGCCGAGGGACUUAAGCUUGUUCUCCAGCGCCUUGGCGUCAUCGAGGAGGGUGAAGAGUGUAGCCAUUUAUCAUGCCUGAGGUUAGCUUGGAGGUAUACGAAGAUGAAGGCGAAAACGGAAGCGCCAAAAUCACUAUGCUAUCCAGUGCACACAUCAAAGAGCAACAGGACGCCCCAGGCCACGGGCGAGAGGCUGCUUAGCCAGCUGCCGUUACGGAUGAGGGCAAUGUCCGUCCACCUGAGGUUGAGGUUGCUCCGAUAUGCUUGGUCAGAGGAAGAUGAUGGGGACAGGGAUGGUGAGACCAUGUUGGACACAACCAUUCUCGUCGCCACGGGCGGCGGCGGCAAGCCCCGAGAUAUUGCCGAGGCAGAUGUCUGCUGGGAUAUCGACAAGGGAAGAUUGGAUUUGUCGAACAAGCAUGCCAGCCGGGGGAUUUCGGUGGAGGUGCGAAGUAGAAGGCAAGGCCCUAGUAAAAACGACCUGACACUCUCCCCAACAUCCACGCCUGCGGAGACGUCGCAGAAACCCACACGCCGGAACCAGGUUCAUCAGCGCGUCGUAGCCUUUGAGCGUGCCCGUCACUGUUCCGGGCGCGACAUGGGUGGACCGACCUGGGCUUUGUCGUCGCGCCCCAUGUUCCCGGGGCCCAGUAGCGGGUGCUCCCUGCUCCACGGCAUACAAGACUGCCUAGUCUCCAGUGUCGGCUCUGGAUUCUUCAGGAGCCUGCGCCGGCUCAGAGGUACUUGUCUCCUCGACAGCAGUAAAGUCAGCACUUGGCUCGAACGAAUCACCUUCAAGCAAGGGCUCAUCAGGCAGUGCAGUGUAGGCAAAGUCAUAGCCAUCCCAGUCCUUGUGCCUGUCGUUGAAUUCCAUUUUGGAGCCAGUCCUGGCAUCCCGGGUGGUGUUUACGUCGCUGGCGCCCGAGGCACCGCCAAGCGAUUGGCGGUCUCGCAUCUCGGAGGUGAAGACAUUGGCGGCGCUGCUGCUGCCGCCGCCGUCGUCGUGGGUGUGGUGGGGAUGGUGGUGAGGGUGCUAACAGAAUGGCUCCCGCAUCUAGCCGGCGAAGAUACAGGGGCAGACAUUGUCUCUCACGUCGCCAAUGAGGAUGAUGUUUGGGCCUCCAUCACUGUUUGCCCCAGUGACACGGAGAGCGACAAGUAUUCUGAGAAUCCCAGCCAUGACAAUUACCCCGCUGCCAAUACCUCCGACACCCGUUCCCGUUUCAGAAGAUCGUCGGAGCCCGCGUCCACGCCCAAGAAGAGCAAGGUCUCCAAUGUCGGCCCCCAGCGACAGGUGUCGCUGCACCUAGCCGAUCCAACCACAGCCACCCCGGCAGUCAAGCCGUCGCAGAACCUCAUUGCUGUCAAGCCCAGGCGGUCCAAGGCGCAAGAUAUCGUAGCCAACAUCAGCCGCCCAAGGCGAGAAGCCAAGGCGAGUGCCGACAAGGAGCAAGUUGGGAAGAAACACAGGGACAGCGUCAGUGGCCCCGUUGCUGCCAGUACUAGUGCUGGCUCUGGUACCGGUUCUGGUGCCGAGGUCUCCAGAGUUAUCAGCCCUCCUCCCAAUACGAACUCUGUCGCUGCUGCCAAACCUGACACGGUUGACUUUGCCAAUCCCAACGAUCUCGACGAAUGGGUGGUUAAGUUGAUAAUAGACAUGAUUUUGGUACUGUGA